AUGCAGUGUGACGUUCCUGUUGCUUGGCAGUCGGCCCUGGUCGGCCUCACGCAGUUGGCGGUCGCUUUGCGGUUCAUUGGGAGGAUUCGGCUCAAGAUCUGGGAGUUCCCAGAGACCAGAGCGGCCCAGACUGGAGGGACCAGGCCCCGGAGAAAUGACACUGCAGCAGAGACGAAGACCGGCAUAGCCUUGUUGCAUGACCAAGUGUCUGGAAAUGCCCAUGACGUCCGGCUGAAGCUGACAAAAGAGCAUAGAACGGUAACACUCCGCAGACAGCCCGUGGGCGGCUUGGGCCUGAGCAUCAAGGGAGGCGCCGAGCACCGAGUCCCCGUCGUCAUAUCGAAAAUAUUCAAAGACCACGCAGCCGACCGGACGGGGAUGCUGUUCAUAGGAGACGCCAUCCUGCAGGUUAAUGGCAUCAAUGUGGAAAACGCAACCCACGAGGAGGUGGUGCACCUUUUGAGAAAUGCUGGGGAUGAAGUGACCAUGACGGUCGAGUAUCUCAGGGAAGCGCCCUCGUUUCUGAAGCUGCCGCUAGGGUCCCCCGGACCACCCAGCAACCGCAGCAGCGGGGCCUCCUCUCCCCUCUUCGACAGCGGCCUGCACCUGAACGGGACAGCCAGCAACACAGCUCCAUCAUCUCCUUCCUCGCCCAUAGCUAAUCAACCAAAAUAUGAGAAGCGCUGGCUAGACACCUUGUCAGUUCCUCUGCCUAUGGCUCGAAUCUCGAGGCCCAAAGCCGGAACGGAGAAGCCGAGGUCCCAGGCCUUCGAGGUGCUGGCCCUCGGGGUCCGCACGGGAAUGCUGCAGUUCUCCACGGCCCAGGAAGGCGCGGACUGGCUGAGAGCCGUGUCCACCAACAUCAGUGACCUGACGCUGCAGACCAUGAAGGUGCUGAACAGAUGCUGUUCUCCGAGGGACCAGGUCGUGCACAUGGGUUGGGUCAAUGAGAGACUCGAAGGUGCCGACUGCUCUCCUACCUUCAGGUCCAAGUUCCUGGCCCUGAAAGGCUCCUUCCUCUACGUUUUCAACACGCCCCCGGUGAGCACACUGGACUGGGUCCGAGCAGAAAAAACCUAUAACCUCUGUGAGGUGCUGUUUAAAGUCCACGAGUUCUGGCCCACAGGUGACUGCUGGCCGCAGACGCACCUGUGCCUGGGCCUCCAGGACCCUGAUGUUGAGGACCCAAGGCCGCACAGCUUCAGCGUCAUGGUCGGCCACGGCAGGAGCCACGCCUUCACCGUGGAGCUGGGCAGCGAGCUGGCCACGUGGGAGAAGGCCUUCCAGAGAGCCACCUUCUUGGAGGUUCAGAGGACAGGGUCCAAGACGUACCCGUGCAGCUGGCAGGGGGAGGCGCUGUGCUUCACGGUGGACUUCGCCGUGGGAUUCGCCUGCUUCGACAGCAGGACCCAGGGCGCUCUCUGGAGAUUCAGGUUCUCUCAGCUGAAGGGAUCCUCCGACGACGGGAAAGGCCGCCUCAAGCUGCUGUUUCAGGAUCUCGACACCAGACAGAUCGAGACGAAGGAGCUGGAGUUCCAGGACCUCGCGGCGGUGCUGCACUGCGUCCACGCCUUCCUGGCGGCCAAGGUGGCCUCCCUGGACCCCGGCUUCAUGGACGGCCAGAGCGCGGCCGGGAAGCACCUGCACAGCAGCUGAAGCGCUCAGCCCGGGGCUGAGAAUCCAACUAUUUUCUUAAAAAAUGAACCUUUCCUGAACAAAACUGCACCUUCGUGGGGUUUUAUAAGGAGCCUAUAGUUGUGAUACCAAUAAAGUCCUUCCCCUGUUUCCA